AUGCCCUCGAUUUUGUCCGACGAAGACAAGCAGACGGUGAAGCGCACCGUGCCCAAGCAGAACAACAAGAUCCACGCCGUUGCCGUCGCGAAGCUUUACAUCGCCUACCCGGACAAGCACCAAUGGACCUACACGGGACUGCAGGGCGCCGCGGUGCUGGCCAACGACCUCGUGGGCAACACCUUCUGGAUCAAGCUGGUGGAUAUUUCGCCGACCAGUCGGGGUGUGAUCUGGGACCAGGAAAUAUACGACACCUUUGCGUAUAACCAAGAUCGCGUUUUCUUCCACACUUUCGAGCUCCAAGACUGCCUUGCGGGCCUCUCCUUCGCCGACGAGAAAGAGGCCAAGACGUUCAAGAAGAAGAUGGACGACCGGGAGAAGAACGCCCAUAAGAACACCAAGAACAAGCCGUUCGGAGCGGCUGUUGGCAGUGGAGGCGGAGCUCCAACAAAUGGACACAAGAGUCACGGUCUUCUGGGUGGCAUUUUCGGACACAGGCACUCAACUCCUACGCAGCAACCGCAGUCUAUCAUCCCACCGAGCGUUACUUCGCCCACCACCACGAACCAGUCGAACGUGAGCAGCGCUAGGAGUUCGACAAUCGACACAAGCGAUCCGUCAUGGCAACCGUUGCUGAAAGAACUGCUCGCUAUGGGCAUCACGGAAGACCAAAUCGAGGAGAACGCUGAUUUCAUCAAAUUAUACAUUGAGCAGCGCAAAGCAAACGAGAAGGUGCAAGCAGAAGAAAAAGAAAAGAAGAGCAGGGCUCCUCCUCCGCCUCCUCCGAGUGCGCCACCAACUAAGGUUUCUCUGAGUCCUCAGAACACUGGCGCAUCCUCGAAACGUGGGCCUGCACCCGCACCCCCGCCAGCUCGCAGGACCCGAACAGACGCCUCGAGUAUCAACCGUGCUUCGUCUGGAAGCCCGGCACCGCCAUCGCCUCCUCGACAAGCAACUCCUCCACCGCCUCCUGGGCCACCGCAGCCCAAGUUCCGGGCGCCUCCCCCAUUCGCAGAUGCUGGCAAGCUGGCGAACGAACCUCCACCGCCACCGGCGAGAGCCCGAGCCUCGUCGAAUGUUGCGAACCCAGGGCCACCGCCUCCUCCACGACCACCGAAAACACCCGUAGAAGAUGGCGAGAAAUCAUCAGCGCCGAGGUUCGGUGUUCCACCACCAUUCACAGGAAGCCGUGUACCUUCUGGUCCGCCACCGCCUCCGAGUCGAGGGCCAGUCCCUCCACCUCCUCCAGCACGCGAUACUCCUGCUCCUAUUUCUAGCGCACCACCUCCCCUGCCCCCGAAGACCGCAGCAGCACCAGUACCGCCUCCGCCGCGUCCGGCGCACAAUGCUCCACCACCACUACCGCCUUCUGCAUCUCGUCCAGUCCCGGCUGCACCGACAAACGUAGCUCCACCACCUCCGCCUUUACCAUCAUCGAGCGCACCUCCACUACCACCUCCUCUUCCGCCGACGAACAACGCGCCACCCCGCCGCCUCUGCCACCCACGAACAACGCACCGCCCCUCCCGCCCACGAACAGUGCACCCCUCCACCUCCCCGAUGCCUGGAAAAGCGCCACCACCACCAUCUGGCGCCGCGCCACCACCACCUCCUCUCCCUCCUGGCUCUGGCCCACCCCCGCCGCCUCCAAUGCCCACUGGGUCUGGCGCGCCUCCUCCACCUCCACCGCCGCCUCCAGGCGGUGCUGCUCCUUUGCCGAAGGCCCCAGCCGGUAGAGAUGGCUUGUUGGCCGAUAUUCGUGGUGGUGCAAGAUUAAAGAAAGUCUCAGACACAGAAAAGCGAGACCGAAGUGCGGCAGCAGUUCCUGGUCAGGAGCCGUCUGCAGGAGCUGCCGGUGGUAGCGGACCUGGAACGCCGGGUCCUGAGGCUGGUGGUUUGGCUGGUGCGUUAGCUAGUGCGCUCGCAGCGAGGAAGGCCAAAGUUAGUCACAGUGACGAUGAAGACGACAAGGACGAUUGGUGA